AAAGCACAGUAGCCAAAGCAGAUCCUCUAGUUGCACAGAUGUGUCACUAAGCCCCAGUGGGACCUGGUCUAGGAGGCCCUCCUCUGUAGAUGCUAGACCAAUCACCAAUACCCGCCUCAGGAAAUCUCUCUCAAGUGCAAGUGGAAGGUACCUUGGUACCAAGAUUCCUAGUCAGGACCAGAAAAUUCUGGAGCUAAUGAUGAACAAAAGAGAGGAAGAGAAAAGAUUUUAUGAAGAAAGAGAAAAUGCAAAACUUGAAUGGGAAGAACGUAAAAGAUCUGAGAUUGAGUCUAAGAAAGAUUUAGAAAACAAAAGGCGGAAGUCCCUACAACAGAUAAGAGAACUAAAGGAACAAAACAAGUUGGAAGAUCUGGAGAGACGUAAGCAGCAAUUAGAUGCAGAGAAGGAAGACAUGAGGAGGUCUCUAGAGCUCAGUCAGCAACAAUGGGACCAACUACUCAAACAUCAAAAUCAUAUAAAGGAACAGAAACUACGAGACAAGAAACAGCGGGAUAUAGAAAAGAAGAAAACCCAGGAGGAGCUACUCAGGUCACAAGAGGAAGCUUUUAAAGAGUUUCAACAGUUGGUGUCUCAGAAACUUGACCAUGACAUACGUAGGGCUGUCAGUAAGAAAGAGGCCAAAGAGCAUGAGGAGUUGAGGGCCAGAAAGAUAAAGAACUAUUAUUCUCAGAAGAAACACAGUGAGAGGAAGUCAGAUUUAGAUAGGAGGGCUUCAGAAGAGCUUGCCUCACUUCAUGAUUCCCUUGAUGCCAAACUUACACUUGCUCAGAACAACUAUAAAAAAGUUCAACAGACUCAGGAUAAACAACUUCAACGACAACAGCAUGAUAGAGUGCUCAAACACAGGAAGACUCUUGCCACUAAGGGGCAAAUGGAGGACGAAAUGGAGGCCUGGCAUGAAGACUUGCUUCAAUAUAGACAACUGAAAGAAGAUGAAGCAGAGAGAAAGAGCCGGAAUAGCAUUCACCAGAGGGCGCAGCGUGCUUCUGAAGAUAGAGCAAGACGAGAGAGAGAACAUAGAGAGAAACUGGAAAAGAUACAGCAAGAGGAACAAGCCAUAAAGCAGGAGCAAAAGGGAGUUAUAGCAUAUAAGGACAUCAAGUCAAGGGCCAUCCAGGAGGAGAGAGACAGGUCAAUACAACAGUCCAGAGCAAUGGCACAUGCCUCACAACAACUGAGAGAAGAACUGAAGAAGAAAUAUUCAACAGAUUCUUUUGAUAAGAUGGUUAAACAGACUCAAUUGGAGGCAAAGAUUGUUGGCAGUACACCAGGGAGAACAAGGACUGCAUCAAAGAACACAUCAAAGCUACAUUUGGGGUGACAUUUAAACGAUAUUUGGGAUGACAUCACGGCUACAUUUGGGAUGACAUCAAAGCUACAUUUGGAAUGACAUCAUAA